AUGAAUUUUUCUUGUCAUCCUGACGUUGGAUAUUUUGAUUCCACCAAUUUUUAUUCUUUGGCAAUGCACCUUAUUACCAUAGUUUCAACUCCAUUUUAUUUAUUUGGAUUAUAUUGUAUUCUGUUUAAAACUCCUGAAAUUAUGAAAUCAAUCAAAUGGUACUUACUUAACUUACGGAUUUGGAUUAUUAUCUUUGACUACUCUAUUACCAUAAUGACGAUUCCAUUUAUUUUAGCACCAUUUCCUGCGGGUUUUCCACUUGGAGUGCUUAGACUUUUUGGAGUUCCUACAAUUAUACAAACUCUGAUGGUUUUGAUUAUUUUUGCCUACAUGCUAAUUGCUAUGAUAGCGAUUAUUGAGAGCCGGUUCAAUACCGUAUGUACAUUUUCCUGGAAGCGCAAAUGGAAAUAUUGGCGGCGCCCAUGGCUGGUGGCAAAUCACGUAAUAGUUCUUCUUUUUGUUAUCCCUAUAGGAUUUAUGGUCCCUGAUCAACAACUAGCGAGACAGAUUACUUUUGAGAAACUACCAUGUCUGCCCAGUGAAAUUUAUAAUGCUCCCGUGCUAGUAUUAGCAAUUGACUACACUUAUCAUUUCAUUGCUGCAGUAACUUAUAUCACAUUUUUCACUUUGCAAGUCAUAUUUUUUGCGGGUUUCCUGGCUUGGAAUAGUAUAUCACAGUUGAUGAAAAAUACAAUGUCGAGGAGAACUUUUAACCUUCAAAGAAAAUUUUUCAUUACUCUACUUAUUCAGCUUAUUGUACCAUUAGUAUUCUUUUUCUUUCCAUCGUUUUAUGUUUUGGUAUCAGUUAUUAUUAAGUACUAUAAUCAAGCAAUUCUCAAUAUCUUGUUUGUUGGGGCCUCAGUUCAAGGAAUCGUUUCUACAUGGGUGAUGCUUUUGGUAUAUCGACCAUAUCGGGAGUCAGUGGUUUCUCUGUUCUACAAACCGUUUAAAGCAACUCAGGAAAAUUCUCUGAAACAGUUGAAUCCUCUACGUGGUAAUGGGAACUCUAUUGGAAUUGUUAAUGUUGUUUGA